UCCUGUGAUCCAGAAAAAGGCGGUCUCUGUGUGCGAUGCGCGCGCGCACCCGAAGACCGAAAAAAACAGUACUAGUAAACGCCUCUGCUAAUUCUCUUGCUUGCAGAUGUUUAUCACUCUGCUUUAUUUGUCAUAAUUCCAACCUAUCCUGACAACGACCAACCACGCGACAACCAGAACAAGGAACAAGUGGUAGGUGGGAGUGGGAGAUUACCCAAGAGAGCCAGCCAUGCAUGCAUCCGCCCAACAAUUAUAGCGCAGCUCCCAAAUCCAAUCGUUAACAAGUAAUCGCCGCCAGAAAUGGCAGUCCCGGCCCUGGCUUCACUCACACCACCGGCCACCACGCCACACUGUCAGCGUCUGAUGAUCUACCGUGACGGUGACUCGCGGCCAGACGGCCGGCCGUCGGAGAAGCCAGGCAAGCAAGGCGGGCGACGGCCGAGAUCUCGGGGACCAAUCACGUCGACUCGACGCCUCGACGGGCCAGAGAGAGAUUAGCCUGCUGGCACUGCCACCGCCGCGUAGAUGCCAAAAUCUCGCGAUGGGUUGCUUGACAUCGCUGCGGAUACGGACAAUCUCCUCCUCGCGAUCGCGCGCGACGCAGCUUCGUGCGGCGAGGUGAUUGAUGGUGGUGCGUGCCCCGGCUGCCAGUUUGGUGGUUUGAUUGAUGAGGUGACCCCGGCCCGGCAGGCAGAGCCGCAGAGGCGCGCAGGUGAGCUAGCAAGAGCACCUUGUCCACGGCAACGGAACGGCAGCACCGUCCGCCUGGGCGGCCGGCCGGUGAUUCAUCAGGCUUUCAGAGUGCGGUGCCUUGUGUUUACACAAUGGUGUGGACUGUGGAGAAACCACGAGCGAGCAAACUUGCAGCGGACGAAGCCUGUCAGAUCAGUUGACGUACACACGCCCGUACACCGAGUACACACGGAAGGAGGCUGGCUGGCGCGGACCCACUCGAAGAGGAGGCAUGCACGGGUGCACGGUUUCCGGGGGACCAAAAUGAUGGCCAUCAGCUGGGUUUCUGUUUCCCUGACGGCAUUAUUGGGUUCUAUGAUAAAGAGGUGAGCGCCCAGGCCAACUAAGCAAGCAUCCCCCCCUCCCCUUCGCUUUCCUGGGGCUUGCGGGGGCCGGGGGGACAUCUGAUCCGAGUGCUCCCAAGCAAGUUAUGGCCUUCACCAUCUCUGCCAAGCGAAUAUAAGCGGUGCCCUAUCCGCAUUCGCAUGUAGUACAUGUACUUGCGCUUCCUGGGGGUCAUGGACACAGGUGUCCUUGGCCCAGGCACCGAAUAAUGGACCGAUUGAUGCAUGCUGCUCCAUUUCUGACAUGGCGUUGUCACUGCUGGAAUAGAAUAUCCCCGUUCUUAUUGCUCUGUCUCGAAAAGGGGACGUUAUGCUUCAAAGGCAUAAAGAGGACACUAGAAGCAUGAGGGAGGCCUGCAGACUUUUGGAGACAUCGAUGAUGCAAGUCGUCUCGACGCAUGGUUGGACCUUCAGUAAUAGAUUAACUAUGUGAUGUUUGUCUAUUCUCCCAAUUGCGUUUGGGUUUUGUGGCCAAAUGUGGCAUUGUUUCGGUACUUUAUGUUGUGGUGUGUGGACGACCGUCAUCAGCUGAUGUAGGUCGGGAUUUGGUUUUUUUCCCAUUAUCUAAAAAUACAAGAUCGAGAAAAGACUUGCAGUGAAGCAGUACGUAACCAUGCGUGAUACUACUAUGAUCAUACCAGCAGUACACAGCAAUUCAGUGCUCCGUCGCCGUUCUUGUGUAGUACCUGGCUGACCCUCUGAGCUUGCGUUGCGUUUUCACAAGCGGAGACGCACGGCACGACGUUAAAAACCCACUGGUAUACUCCAGCUCGCAAUCGCAUCGCAGCACACCCAUCUCCGCAACGCCGUCGCUUUCUAGUUCUAGCGGCCCCACGCCCCCACGCUCACCUAGUCACCAGUCAGCUCAGAUCUCCACAGGGCCCCACUUGCUCACGUCCACGGCCGUAGACACCACCCACCCUUGUCUUACGAGUUACUACUCGCUCACUACAUACCAAUUAACAAAUGCAAUUUAUCUCGAAUUUGAUGCACCUCUAGAUAUGAGAGAGCUUAAUCUUAAUUGUAUUUCCCUAUUAUAUACAUCCUUAUCUAAUACCAUAGCUAAUUGUUAGCUACCUCAAAACUAACAAUUAGUUUAUUAGCUGGCUAACUAGAUUUCUAAACAGGAUCUAAAUGUGCAUGUAUUACUUACUCCGUUUUUUUAUUUUUCGCGGAGAACAGAGAUAGUAUUAUUUUGUGAUGAGGAAAGUACUGUACUUACUGAUUGGCCACGGCCACCGCCUCCACUUCAGCAGCCACCUUCCUCGGCACCUCUCAAGGACUUCAGCACCGCACCCGAAACGCAACAGGCUGACACUCCGUUUGAAACCGGAGCAAUGGUGGACGUGGACCAGCGGAUGGCGGGGCUGGCCCCGUCCGUGGCGCACACCGCGGCGCUGCGGCGCCUGUCCACGCGCGCCGCCGCGGGGCCCUCAUCGGCGUCGGCGUCGCCGCGCCACGGGCUGCACUCCUUCGACGGCGUGGCGGCGGGCGUGCUCUCCCACCUCCGCGAGGCCGGGGUGGUCGUCCUCCCGGGCCUGUCCGACGCGGAGCUCGCCCGCGCGGAGGCCGAGUUCGGGUUCGCGUUCCCGCCCGACCUGCGCGCCGUCCUCGCCCUGGGCGUGCCCUCGGGGCCCCGGUUCCCGGACUGGCGCGGGCGCGCGGGCCUCCGCGCCGCGCUCGACCUCCCCGCGGCGGCGGCGUCGCUCCAGGCCGCCAGGGGCGCGCUGUGGCCGCGGUGCUGGGGCCGGAGGCCGGCCGACCCGGACCGCGCCCUGCGGCUCGCGCGCGCCGCCGUACGCCGCGCGCCGCCGCUCGUCCCGCUCUUCGACCGCUGCUACCUGCCCUGCCGCCCCUGCCUCGCCGGGAACCCGGUCUUCUUCGUCGCCGACGACCGCGUCCUCUGCUGCGGCCUCGACCUGCUCCACUUCUUCGCCCGCGAGUCCUCCUCGUUCCAGCCGACGGUGGAGCAUCGCCACGCCGUGUCCUCUUCGCUCGCGUCGUCCCCACUGUCCGCCGGCGCGAGCAGGCCGUCGUGCACGCGCCGGAGCCUGGACGGCGUCCAGGCCCCGCGCUGGAUCGAGUUCUGGAGCGACGCCGCGUCCGACCGCCGCCGCCGCGACUCCUCGUCCUCGGAAGCCUCCACCGCCUCCGCCACCUCGUCGUCCUCAUCGCCACCCCGGCGGUCAACCCCGCGGUGGGUCGACAACUACCUCGACGAGCUCGGAUCAAUGCUGAAGAAAGGCGGUUGGAGGGACCGUGAAGUGGACGAGAUGGUGGAGGUCACGGCCUCCGGGCUGUUCGACGGCGUGGAGGCCCCGGCACCCGAUUCCGAGGCUGUCCUCGACGCGCUGGUCCUCAAAACCGACCGGUGCUCGGACUCGCUCCGGCGCGCCGGGUGGACCUCCGAAGACGUGUCGGACGCGCUGGGGCUCGACUUCCGGCGCUGCAAGGACAAGGAGCGAUCCCGGUCGGGCGUGCGGAUCCCGCCGGAGAUCGCCGCCAAGGUCCAGCGCCUCGCGCAAGCGCUGGCAGGACCGUGACCUCGGCUGAUCUCUACCCCCGUUCCCGCCGGACGAACGCUCUUCUCAUUCUUUGCUGUAUGCCUGUAUCCAGUCCGAAUCAAAAUACGUACACUAAUUCAAGU